UGCACAUUUAGCCGACUGUUUCACGUGGGAAUUCACAAGUCGAAAUUUUGGCCCAGAUUUUGAAGUUUUUGGAUAAUUUUUAGCAAACGGAUGCCAGUAAUCGAAAUAGAAGCCGAAGAGAAGCCAAGUUGGGCUGAUUUGGUAGAGGAAGGGGAAGCAGACCACAUACCUCCUUCAACAGAAGUCAUCAAUGGAGACACAAAAAUUGUUACAGAAUUUAAAAGAAAUGAAGAUGGAAAGCUUUUAAAGAUUGUGAGGACUUUCAAAAUUGAAACGAAAAGAGUUUCCAAGACAAUUGCAAAGAGAAAGUUAUGGAGAAAAUUUGGAGAUGCAAAGAAUGAUGGGCCAGGUCCUAAUCCAUCUACAACAACAGUUACUGAUGAUGUGUUCCUUAUUCUUACCUCAAACAAGGAGGACCUUCAACAAGAUAAUGAUGACCCGCUGAAAAAAUUGGGUCAAAGUGCACAGAAGAUUGUUCAGUGCCGUAUCUGUAAAGGGGAUCACUGGACAACAAAGUGUCCCUACAAGGAUCAGCUUGAGGUGAUACAAGCUCAGGUCAAAGAGGACGAAGCAAAAUCUGCAGCUGAUGCUGGAGGAGCCGCAGGAGGAGCUGGGGAGCAGCCACAAGCAUCAAAGACUGGAAAGUACAUAGCACCAAGUUUGAGAGAAGGGGCUGGAAACAGGCGUGGAGAGACCAUGCCAAGGUCACAGAGAGAUGAAACAGCCACAAUACGGGUGACAAACUUGUCAGAGGAUACAAGGGAAUCUGACCUCAUGGAACUCUUCCGCCCAUUUGGACCAAUCUCAAGGAUUUUCUUGGCCAAAGACAAAAAUACCAACCAGUCCAAGGGUUUUGCAUUUAUCAACUUUGUCCAUCGUGAGGAUGCCGCCCGAGCAAUUCAAAGUGUUCAAGGAUUUGGUUAUGAUCACCUUAUCUUGAGCGUGGAAUGGGCCAAGUAA